UAAUUUGGUUCUUGAUUGUAUAAAUCCAUAAGUAAAAGACACCUUUUUUUUUUGGGAAGAAGGGAGUUUUGUUUAAGCUACCAUUGGAAAAAUGUGAUCUAGUUCCUGUUGCAGUAAAGGAAGGAUUUCAAUACCAUCAUGCAGAAAGAGGAUAUGUUAUGAUGACUUAUUGGAUUCCGGAGGAACCCUGUAUGCUUCCUUCGAAUGCAUCGCAUCAAGUUGGAGUUGGGGGUUUUGUGAUCAACGAUAGAAAUGAGUUGCUUGUUGUGCAAGAGAAACAUUUUACGCCGGCUCUUUCAGGCUUAUGGAAAAUACCAACUGGUUUUAUUCAUGAGUCCGAGGAGAUCUAUACAGGAAUUGUAAGAGAAGUGCAGGAGGAAACUGGGAUUGAUACUGAAUUUGUGGAGGUUAUGGCUUUCAGGCAUGUUCACGAUGUGGCCUUUCAAAAGUCAGAUUUGUUCUUCGUCUGUCUGUUAAGACCCCUGUCAAAACAGAUCAUGGUUGAUGAUCUAGAAAUUCAGGAUGCUAAGUGGAUGCCUCUAGUUGAGUUUGUGGAGCAACCUCUAAUCCAAGAAGACGACAUGUUCAAGAAAAUAAUUGACAUUUUCAUCGCUAGACUAGGGAAGCGGUACUGCAGAUUGUCUGUCCAUCAACUGGUUUCCAAAUUUGAUGACAAACCUUCUACAUUGUACUUUAACACAGUUGAUGAUCCAGAUUUGAACUGUCAAGCCAAUUAGCAUCACAAUCAGUAUUGUCUUGUGUAUAUGUGUAAUCUAUAGGUUAUGGACUCUGUAAAUAUACUUAUAAAUUAUUCAAAAGAACUUGUUAUA